UACUAGUAAUGCUAUUACACAUUUAGCUAACGUUCAUGGUAUUGUUGAACAAGGAAAACUUCAUAUUAAGUCUAUUAAAAGCGGAAAUAUUGAAGAGAUGUUAGCAGCACAAAACCAACGACGUUGGACGAACUCUUGUCAACAUAUUGCAGAUCGAAAAUUAACAAAAUGGAUUCUCCAUUCUACUAAACCAAUUGAAACUGUUAAUGAUAGCUUUUUGGAGGAUUUUCUUUGUUACUUAAAUCCGAACUAUAAGUUACCAAAUGAAAAAAACCUUAAACUCCUUAUUCACCAAUCUUAUGAUUGGACUGAAUCAACCAUGAGGGAACUUUUAAUGUCUGAAGCAAAAUAUAUAUCUUUCACAACUGAUCUUUGGACUUCCAGAGCUAAACAAGGAUAUAUUGGUGUGACAGCUUCUUUUAUGGAUUCAGAUUUUAAAAUUUAUGAUAUUCUUCUUGAGUUAAAAUACUUACCAUAUCCACACAAAGCUGAGCAUAUCCGAGAUGCACUUCAAACAGUUAUGAGAACCUGGAAUCUUCAAGAAAAAUUGAUUGCCAUAACAACAGACAAUGGUCCAAAUAUGGUAAAGGCUAUGUCUUAUUUUAAUAAUGUUACACGUAUUCCAUGUACAGCUCACACUCUUCAGUUGGCAAUUGGAAAAGGUUUAGCUCCUGUUUUAAUAUUAAUUGCUAGAGCUAAAAGGCUAAUUAGAUUCUUUAUGUAUCCUAAACAAAUGGAGCGUCUAAAAGCAGUUCAAAUUACUCUGAAUUAUGAUGAAGUUUUAGAAGUUGUUGAUUUUACUAAUGAAGUAACAAUUUUGGAUGAUGAUGAAGAAUUUGAACAGCUAGAAAACAAUGAUAAUGAUGAAGUGAUAGAUCCUACAACUAAACAACGUAUUAAAAUAUCUCAACCAAUGCCUACAAAUGGAAAGAUUGAACAAAUCAAAGAUAUUAUAUCACAAGCAUUAAAUAAAUAUUGGUCAAUUCAAUCAGAUAUUGCAUUAAAGGCUGCAUUUUUAGAUCCUCGAUUUAAGCAUCUAUCUUUUGCUCGAGAUGAAAAGGAACGA